AUGCUCCUGCUGGACUAUCAAAACGCGCUGAUCCAGUCCCUCCUUACAGAGCGCUUUUCUGGUGCUUCCCCCGUCUCCAUUGACCAAGUGGUCUCCGAUUUCGAUGGCGUGACCUUCCACCUCUCAACCCCUGAAUCUAAGACAAAGAUCCUCAUUUCAAUCAACGUCAAGUGUUUCAAGGAGCUCGUCCAGUAUGGCGCCCAGGAAGUACUCGAACGCGAAUAUGGUCCCUACAUCGUCGCUCCGGAACCAGGUUACGACUUCUCAGUCCAGAUCGAUCUUGAAAAUCUCCCAGCUGAACAAGAAGCCAAAGAUGAAUUGAUUAUGAAAUUGGCACUCCUGAAGCGCAAUGCCAUGGCUGCUCCGUUUGAGCGAGCCUUUGAUGAAUUUGCCAAGCUUGCGGAAGAGGCUUCCCGUUAUACAUCUGAAUCAGCGCCUCAAGGUGUGAAAGAAGGUGGGGAGGUUAUGGCUAUUCAUUAUCGCGAAGAAGAAGCAAUUUACAUCAAGGCAAGCUACGACCGUGUGACUGUUAUCUUCAGCACCGUUUUCCGGGAGGAAACGGACCGAAUCUUUGGCAAGGUCUUCCUGCAGGAAUUCGUCGAUGCUCGGCGCCGAGUUGUGACUUUGCAAAAUGCGCCCCAGGUACUUUUCCGCAGUGAUCCGCCUCUUGAGUUACAGGGUGUACCUGGACUGAAGGAUGCGGGUGAGGGGGAAAUGAGCUAUGUCACUUUCGUGCUGUUCCCUCGACACCUGACCCCCCAGCGCCGCUACGAGAAUAUUUCCCACAUUCAGACAUUCCGUGACUACUUCCACUACCACAUCAAGGCCUCCAAGGCCUAUAUUCACACGCGCAUGAGGAAGCGUACAGCCGAUUUCCUGCAAGUUCUCAACCGUGCCAGACCUGAGAAUGAAGAGCGCGAGCGUAAGACAGCUAGUGGCCGAACAUUCCGUGUGCAAAGCUAG